AUGGCUUCUCGCCGAGAGGGCUCGGCUGAAGAAGACGAAAGAUUUCCGUUGAGCGAAAGCAGUAAAAAAGCUCAUGACGCCCACUUGAGCCGCUUACAAAGCUUUGUCGUGCCGGAGAAGGGAAAGGACGACGAUGUAGAUACAAGAAUCGAGACGCUGGACCCGUAUUCUCGUUUCCGCAGAGGUCUUCUACUGUCUGUUCGGCCGAAUGAACCGCAGCGCCGAAGAGUCCUCUGGGAAAGCCUGGGACUAUGCGACCCGGACUACUAUGUGCUCGUCGCUGUUCAUAUCUUCAAGAAUACAACCGGCACGCUAAACGAGACAGAAGCGUUAAAUGCCAACACCGGACUCAGCAAGGACCUAGAGAUCGUGCGAUUGUUAGCGCAAAUAUGCUCCCACAUCCGUUCGCUGAUUGGAAUCAAGGCUUGGCAUGAGGCGACGUCAAUCUGCUGGAACCUUGCGCACGCUGCUGGCCCUGCUGAUGCCACGAAUGAACCUUCGAAGGCGCUCCCUGACCUCAGCCAAACUAAAGAGAAGGUCCGGGAAACCGCACAGAGAUUGAAAGUCGAAGAUAUGGUCGACACCAACGCCAUCUUAAUAGAGGGACGCAAAAAUUUGACGCAUUUCAAGCUGGAAGUGCAAGCACCGAAAGAAUUUUUCGCUGAUGCGGAACCGAGCACCUCUGGUUCGAAUUCGAGGAUUCGACUGGGCGUAAUACUUCAAUCGGUCCGCGAUCUAUUUGAUGAGGGCGCGACGAUGGCCAAGGCACUGCUUGAACUCAUUGAAGCGGUCGAACAAUUUGAACUCGUCGGGCAAAUCCUCGAGUUCCGCAACGAGCUGCGACAGCAAGCUAAGGGGGCCAAACUUGAAAGCUAUAAAAACAGCAGAAUGGCAGAGCCGAAGGCUCAAGAAAAUCCAAAUGUCGGCCAAUCAAUCGUCGUGCAGUCAUCGAGCCAGGCUGAACUAAAGAAGGAGAUUCGACGAGAGCAAAAGCGAAAUAAACGUGACAUGUCUCGGAUCCAAAAUGCGUUCGGUGAGGAUGAGCUGUUGGAGCUGGAAUUGGCGCAAAAAGAACAGUUGCGAGAAAGGCAACGAGAAUUGGCAAUGCUGAAAUGGGGCCCGACAAUCGUGGCGGGGCAGCAGCCGAAGGAAGUUUCUCCAUUCGUCUUCGACUCUCAAAGGGAUUCACAGUCGGCUCUCGUUAUCUCGGGCAACUCGGUUCGAAGGCUUCGAAAAGCUGAACGUGAUCCAGUCGAUCGUCUACGAGCAGGCGUACAAGACCCGAGAAAGCUUGCUGAUCUGCGCGCCGACGGGUGCCGACAAGACGAACAUAGCGAUGCUCGCCAUUCUCAAUACGAUCCACCAGCAUCGGAAGCCCUCGGGAAACGAUUAGCUCCUUUGGGUGUGAAGGAUUUUUCGCGAAUUGACUGGAAAUACGCAGCUGACAAAGAAGGACCAAGCGGAGACGCAGAUGUUGUGACGCGCAAAACCGGUGACGAUACACUGACGUCCUUUGUGAAGCUGCUGAUCAUUGACGAGGUUCAUCUUCUACACGACGAUCGUGGACCGGUUAUCGAGAAGAUUGUCGCGUGGAGAUUGCGCCAGGCAAGUUUCAAGUCAUUUGCGCUC